CCUAGGGCCAGUUUGAAUCAAGAUGCGGACGAAGAACGCAGGUUGUGGAAUAUGAUCAGAGAAGGAGCAAAGAAGAUUGAUAGUAUGGUGAUUAUAGAUGUGGAAAAGGAACAGGCUGCUUUAUUAGAAGCAGGAGAACUCACCGACGUGACCCUCGACGACCGCCUAGAAUCCCUCUACCGCGAAAAUGUCAAAAUCAGCGAAGAAGUCAGCCACAUCAUCGACGGAAAAUCCGAUGAAAUGAGUUUGCUCGACAGCAUCAAAAUCCUCGCCGGACUGCGCGAAGCUUCUGAAGAGUCGUUGCAAUUGUCGCGGUCGCAUAGCAGUUCCAAAGGUAGGAAUGCGACGUUGAAGAGGAAGGCCGGGAGUAUGGAUAUUGACGACGAGGCGAGUGGGACUCAGAGUCCGAGACCGGGCGGUAGACAGGGGACGACUGAUAGAUUGGCCCCGGAAGGAAAGAGUAGAGAGAGGAAUAGAGAGAGGAGUGUCACCAGCACCAGAGAAGUCAGCGUGAAGCUCGAAGAUGGGGCUGAGAGUGUGGCAUCCAGUGUUGAAGCAAACGAACCACGAUCCAGCAGACUGCAACUCUCCCUCGGCGCCCAUGUCUUUUAUCGUAACAAAGGCCGCACCCAAGAAGGCGAAGGCAUUCUCUGCCGCGUCACAAACGUCAUUGGCGAAGGCAAACAACGCCGCUACGAGAUCCAAGACGCAGAUCCAGAUCCAGUGCCUGGCGGCGAACUGCCACCUCCNUACCGAGCUUCCGUCGCCCAUCUCAUGCCCAUACCCACCGAAAACAAAGGUCUUGCUGAUCUGAACAAAGGCCGUCAUGUCUUGGCUCAAUAUCCUGACACAACUACUUUCUACAAGGCAGAAGUGAGUGCGAAUUGGCGAGCUAAAGAUCUCGCUCUCGACCGUGGCGAUUACGUGCGUCUCAGCUUUGAAGGCGACGAGAUGAAGGUCAUGGAAGUGGAACGCCGCUUCGUGCUCGCCGAGAAGGAAAAGUAA